CCUAGUGCAAGUGGUCAAGUAAACUUCACCAGCAAACUAUAUAGGAACUGCAGAGUUCAGUUUUAGAAUAAAUAUUUAGACGCCUAUCUCUGGAUACUUCUACUACCAUUAUACUUGUGCACUUAUUAAUCACUGCAAGAAGUAAUAAGGCAGAAGAUUUUAGCAAUCAAAUGAACACCUAAUAGCAAAAGUAAGCGCGCGAAGCGGCCAUUGCUUUUGCGUACUCGAGAAGGAAAAAGGUGCUUGGCAAGAGGUUUGUUAGCUAAUGACGGACGUUCCAGCUGGACUUCCCUGUGAGCAGCGGUCUGAACUAUCGCUCUCUCCAGCCUUCAGCAAGAUAUGCUGUCAUUUCUGUCUGAGCAGCUAGUUCCGAAGCCUCUUGUGAGUACGGUACCGCCGUUUCGACGGGAGAAAUUGCGUCAGAAAGUUUCCGCUAACUUAAACGCGACUCGAAGCUUGAAGACAUUGACGUACACAACAGGACAUACAUUUUAGACACAAUGAGUCAUUGUCUUGAACUUGCUAGAUAACGUGACCGCUAAGUAAGGUGAUUGGUCAUCGAUUGUCGUACUGCAUACCGAGAAAAACCUAGACAGAAAAGUGCUAUAAGAACAUAGAGAAAGAGCUUCAUACGACAACAAUUGCAUGAAUCGAACGGCCGGCUAAGUAGAUAUGGAAGAACUCACUCAUAGAGUGUCAUGUAAAUGUACACGUGGAUCCAAGUGACAUCUAUUCUACCAGCCAACCGCCAUUUUUCUUCUGUAGAUUAGGUUACUCUAUUAAGUACGUGCGUACAGAGAACAACAAUGCUACACCCAUUCAUAUGACGGCAACACUAGAUAGUCAAAUGCAGCUUAAAUACUAGAAACACCGACGGGACCGGAGGAUACCAUUGCUUUUGUCAUACAUUAUUACACACUGGGAGCUACAGCAGUUCUGCGAAGAUCUCUUUUUCAAUAGUGUUAGGGGGCAAAGGAAGAAAGUUCUUCUAGCUGUUUGGGGCAGUAUCAGACGCAAAAUUCGAUGAUUAGAGUGGGGCGUUGAGGAAACUCGAUAGAGAAGCCAUGUGAACUAUACGGAUCAUCCAGUACAGAAAAUACUGCCAAAAAUUAGGAGGUGACAUAUGGAUCUCGUCAGCUAUGCGCUCCACCUUCCGCCAAAAAGAUUUUUGCAAGUCGGAUGCUAACGAAAAAACGUUAGUUAUAGCGCUUUCACGACGGUGAUAUAAAGUGAUUUUGAGGCAAAGAAAGAACCUGGUGCUCAAUCUGUGUGUGUACAUGCACCAUGAAUAUCUUAUCGGAGUUGUCGUCUGUGUCGAUUAUUUUCGAAGAGAUAGAAAACGGUUCGAAGGAGAUAAUCAUGCUAAAAAAUGGCUGGAAUUCUGCAUAAUUGCUAGGAAUAACAGAUGUGUAGUAUCAAGUUCGUGAAGCCGCCAUUGUGCAUCAUUUCGGAUACGAGGAAGCAAGACAGAAUUGCAGAUGAGAACGCUUUACUGAAACUGAAAGGGGCGUGUACAAGCCGGGUGUGAUUUAUUUACCUCUUCAUUGAGUUGUUGUCUGCUAUCGCUACAACCCGAAAGAAUCGAAGUAGUUUAUACGGACGUGAUAAUGAUCAGAUUUUCAACAGCGCCGGCCUGUGUCGGUACCGUGAUGGACAUAUCUAGGUGGCAAACUAGAGCAAGAUUUUUUUUCAGGAAAUCGGGACGUGUGAUAAAUGUGGCAGAUGGCGUAUGUUCAUGCUUGCACUUGCAAUACUUCAGGCAAAAUCAUCAUAAAGUAAAACUGCUGGUUGGUUACUCCUCUGAUUGGAAGAACACGGUUCCCAUAAACAGAUUCAAACGACUCUUUCGAUAUCAUGUGGUGGUGGCCUUUGUGUCCCGUUUAGACGUCGACUGCGGGAUGCCUGACGUACCUUAUUCGACCCUUUCUACAACACUUUCCGCUGGCCCCACCCCACUACUGCUGCUAUUAACGAUGUUACCCGAGCAUUUCGCCGAUCGCCUUCCGGCAAUCAUCCUCGUCCAGGCUGACAGCACAUUGCCGUCGGUGUUCAAAGCGUACUCCGUCAAGGGUAUUGAUGACGGCGACCUGAACUCGAGUGAGCCUUGUGAUCUCAACUCAUCUUCAUCCGUUGCCUUCGAACAUCUGCAACUGAACAACUGUACGCUGGUUCGAGGUAACGGUGAUAUCGAAGAUCCAAACUUCGCUGAGGUGCGAAUGAUACUUUAUCAAUGGCUUGUAGUGAUUUCUUCUUUAGGAAUGCUGGCUUCGGUGUUUAUCAACCUGCUGGUGCUCUUCUCUGCGCGAUAUAUUAGGAAAAUUACACCAACAGUGUUCUUCUCUUUGAGUUUGGUAGCGGCAAACGCCUAUGCCGUUAUUACGUGCACCGGAUCAAUGGCCGUCAACAGUUUUUUGCCUGUCGUCUACGAGUGGUCCCCAAAUAUCUGUUGGGCACUUCUUCUCGAAGUGUUUCGCAUGACAGGUUUAACCUCGUCAGCGCUUCAUCUUCUGGCAUUAGCUAUAAAUCAUUAUGUCGGCAUCCUUCGGCCGCUUCAUUAUGCAUCGACAAUUACCCGCCGCCGACUGACGUUAGUCAUUGUUGCUCUGUGGGUGAUACCGUUCGUCACAUACGCACUCAUCAUACUCAAUCACCCCGAAAAUGACUUUCGGCAUUUACAUUGCAACUACGAAUUUAUGACCCAUCUACCGUAUCGGGUCACUGUUUCAUCGUUGUUCUUUGCGCCACUCGUCAUAAUGACUAUUCUAUAUAUCCACAUAUUCAUAACCGUUAAACGCAAUCACAACAGCUUUCUUAUGGGGCAGAAAAAUCAGGUGGGUGGAAACCAGCUGCAUAUAAAACGUAAUGUCAAGGCGGUAAUCACGACAUUGCUCAUUCUCGGUACGUACCUGAUUGGUUAUAUGCCCGCCAUCGUGUUUUACGCACUCACCUGCGACGAAUGUCCGUGUCCACUUAACUCACUGGAUGUCCGGACACGAACGGGAUUUGGCAUUGCGACCAAUUCCCUUAUCUUUGUCAAGUGCCUCUGCGACCCGAUCAUUUAUACGGUCCGUAUGCCUGAGGUUCGUAGCGGCCUACGACGCAUGUGGCUGACCGGAUGCUGGUCAAAGUAUCUGCCAACCGCCGCCAUCGAUACCGAUCGGAAACGAACGAUGACAUCGUUACGCAGCGAUACCAUUCCACUGAAUAGGAGGAGUCUGCAAGAUCACCGAGAACGCAGGCAACUCUUUGCCAACUCAGAUCAUGGUCAUCUACACAACUCACCACAAACUGGGCACAAGCAUCUUUGCGCACGCACCUCAUUACAUUCGCCAGAUCAGGCGGUUACGGCGCUCGCGUGACUGCCAGGAGGAUCCGUCGCCAGGGCGUACUUCCUCCGCCGAAUGAUUCAGGACGCUGCCUGUGUAUCCGCAGGUGUAGCAGCGUCCUGACGUUCGGUCUAAUCAGGUAAUAAUCACCAUCGUUACCAGACAUUGGACCACACGUUAGUAAUCUAAUCCUUUGUUUCCUAUAGGAUGCAUAAGGCUCAAUAGGAGUUCAUGUGGCGAGCCAAGAAGCGACUUGCAGAUCACGGUGAAGGAACGAAGAUUGGUCAAACACAUUUGCGCUUAGAACUUCAGUACCAUUGAAAAUACGAAAAAUGAGACCCCUAGUGAUAGAAGACUGAAUAGCGCAUAAAGGUAAGCCUGCGUUAGCAUGUUUGCGCAAGUUACUACCGAAUGUUCCGUUUCCGGAUCCAUAGAAAUCCGGCAAACCUCGAUAAUGGCGAAGUCAUUCUCGUUCAGCGUGACGCCGACUAUGUGAUAUAUAGAUAAGACGACAAAUCGUAUAGUACACAUUCAAGAUUAUCUGAGAUUAGCAAUGGUAAUGAAUUUAUUUAUUGGACGCCAUCUUAGUAAAUUGGAGUGAUUGUUGUGCGCGUCAGCAACACGGAAAUGCAUCAAUGCAAACUGCACAUUUAACAACGAACAACGUAAUGAUACAACAAAGGCUUUGUUAACAGAAUUUAACAAAAUAAAGGUAAAAUAGAAACUUUUUAAAUAGCAAUACUUUGUUGCUGUCGACUGUCAACCAAUCCAUUUUGAUCAUGGAUAAGACGCUGUGCUUACAGAAAUUCUAUUGAAAUCAUAUGGUUGAGAGUACUGUAAUUAUUGUCAUCAUCAUUUGUGAAUAUGGCUCACGGAACAGAUGCUGCCAGUAUAUAAAUUCAAAAUACGUAGACGUAUGCCUGUACGUAUAGUUUUAAAGCUUGCUAAUGAUAACUCAAAUCCUAGCUAAAAUCUCGAGCCACCUAAGACCUCCACAAGUUAAACGAUUUAAGAUCAGAUGGAGUCGUUCAUACACACAAAUCCAUAUACAAGACCAGAGCCGAUUUAGAAAAAAUAACAAGAAGUAUUACGUUCGGACAAUUGUUUAAGUGUCGGGCCAACGCCGGUACGUAUGGUGUCGAAGAGAAAAAAAAGUCUGUGUAGAACUUAACGAUGGUCGUGGUAUGAUACAGGCCUUAGUGGCCAUGACGUACGUUCACUGCAUGCAUGAAAUUUUCCUGCAGAUGUAACCUGUUCCAUAGAACAACAAAAGGUCGCAGCGACUGGUUGAAUGAGAUUGUAGACGACACACUUUGCAGGCGGGCAGACGGCCGGUCGUCACUAGUAGCUUAAGAACUUCUCUUGGUACCAAGACUGCUUGUAUAAGAUGAAACGGAACCGCUCUGUUUAUGUAAGUAUUAUCCGCAAAACGUAUCGUCUUCGUAGUCAUCGUUGUCGCAUUGUAUCACAUAGAUACAAGACAGGACGGAAGGUAUUAGAAAAGCGUUGCGGUCUUUGUAUAUAGCCUAAUAGGUCGACACUUGUCCGCUUAGUCCGAAUAGUAAUAAUGCGGCACCAGGAUGGGCACGAAACGUUUUCUAGUUCAAUUACUUUCAGUAUGUUCUGUGGCAGGAAUGAAUCAACCAGUUCGAAUGAAAUUUAAGUCAAUGUCGAAUACAUUGGUUACCUCUAUGGGAGCGUUUUUGUUUGAGGUUUUCGACAACUGAUCGGACACGCUUAUCAGAAGUUCAGCAGCAUCAGUAACACUCUUAGCAGCACAAACAAAUAGACUAGCAGGGAUUGCAGCGAUGUCACAUGUCGGCUAAGAUGGCGAGUACGUGUAGCAGUAUGAACAUCUCAAGGACCAAUUCGAAAAAAGCACAAGAAAACAAUUAAGUCAUCGACACGGAUAGAUAAGGGGGAAAAAAAAAGAAAACUCAACAUCUAGAGAAAGCAAAGACAAAAUGAUACUCUUGCGUCACCGUCGACGCGGAGUCAACGAAAGCUAUGGCUCAAGCAGGAACUCCGAAUUAUACAAUAGCAUUGGUCACAUUUCGGCUUCAAAACGACUGAGACAGUUAUCAAGCGUUAGCAGUAAAAAAUAUAAAAUAGAUAUUUAGAGGAAGAUGCUAAAAGAACACUUGCAGAAGUUAAAUUCUUGGAAUACGUCAUUACUAGCAACCGUCAAUGCUAAAUAGUAGUCUGAAUGCGAAAUAAUCCGAUCGUACAUGAAUUACAAGCGUUCAGCUCAGAGAGUAUAUGGUCUUAAUCAUUUUAUUCGAACCGCUUAAAAAGAUGUCCACUAUUCCGAAUUUCGAAAUAACGCCUGUUACCGACAGUCACGUGUGGCAUAGUACAACCAAAUCCAGCAGUUAAAUCGGUCUGUCGUCUUUAACAACGGUACAUGUGUAUGGCAUUUGAUAUAUAGUAGAAUACGUACUUAUAAUUUGAGCCGCUUUGAUUAGCUUUUUAUGAUUAGUCUUACCUGUCAACGAUGAUGUCCUGAUGCGAAAAAGUGACAGUAAUGCACACGUACCGUUACUACUAAUUAUUCAAACUUUGUGACUCUGGUCCAGGGCGAAAGAUCUUCUCAAAUCGAAGACAAGGCAGAGCACCGUGUACGUUUAAAGCUGCGACGCUCGGUGCUAAUGUUAGUACCUUUUCCAUCAGAAGAAGAUUAUGGUCAGAACGAGUAAUAACAAUAAACAUAAUAGUAAUACUGAAGUUAGUGAAUAAGUGAUAAAACCUAAUUAAUACUAGGGUAAUCCUUUGCCAGUUGUGGUAGAUAACACAUUUUCUUGGAUGCCACACAAUUAUUAUUUAUAAAAAAUAUUAAAAAAAUAAUAACACUAACAAGUAAUAAUAGUAGUGAAGAUAACAACUACGAGACAAUACUAUGUGUUUAAUUUAUAGCCGAUUCUGAGUGUAACAACUUUGUAUUU